UCCUUCUUUACUUUCUUUUAAUGGGAAGUUUAGUGACCGGGGGAGAGGACAGGAUUGAUCGCCUCGAUAUCAUCAUCAAGGAGGAAAGAAAAUUUCCAUGGGAAAGCAUAAGACUUCCGCAGACUUUAUUUCCUUUGAAUUACAACAUCAGAUUGGACACGGACUUAAAAUUAUUCUAUGUAAAGGGAACAGUUGGUAUAACAGUGAAGUGUGCAAAGCAAACAGCUAAUAUUAUUCUUCAUCUCAGAGACAUGAAUGUCACGAAUACAGCAGUCUUUGAGAAAAGACAACAAGAUGUAGAUGUUUCUGAUGAUGUGCGAGAUGAAGAACUAAUUAAAAGGUUAAAGAAAGGACAGCAAGAUAGAGAAUUGAACGUCGUAGGAACGAUGAGUGAUAAGACUCUUGAAAUGUUUCUUAUUAAAGUAAACGAGGAACUUAUCCCAGGACAAACUUACAUGAUUCACAUUGAAUUCAAUUAUCCCCUAAAGGAUACUCCGUAUGGGUUUUAUAGAAGCUCCUCCACUGCAGAAAAUGGCAAAAAAAGGUGAGUGAAGCGUCGUUAGUAAAGUGUUUGAUUUAUCUCACUACAGUGGAAUCCCGUUCUCGUGAAGCGUAUCAUUGAGAUACUUAUGCCCUCACCAUUAUUGAAUUUUACAUCUGUUCGUGGGAUGAAAAACCUAUGACAAAUGAUAUGAAAAAUGAAAAAACAAAACAAAAGAACAACAACAAAAAAAAAACACUCCAGGCAGAUAGAGGCUAAAGGAAGAGGUAGCCAAAUUCACUGAUGCAGCCUAAGAAGACGGACAAAUACAAUAUACCAAUGGCUUACCUUAGCUAAGAUAAAAUCCUUAGUGAUCGCUGAUCAUAAUCAGAAGCCGUAACAAGACUAAUUGUCACAAAGCUACUCAUACAUCAUAAUUGGUUCUUAAUAAAACAUCAACCAAGCUUCUUUAAAAAACAUUUUUCCGCUUUCAUUUUUCAAGUCAAUACAGCAGUAAACUACCAACAGUUAUUUGGUCCUUUCUUUUCUGCGUUUGAUAAUGCAUGUUUAUUAUUUAACAAUUAAUGAAUGAGGCUGAGCAUCCACCACUAGCCACCGACACUGAGGUGAAUAAUUGUUUUAGUAUAACUAAAACAGUGAGAUAAUUGAGCGCCAAAAUGGUGAUUUUUUAACUCAUUUACUGUUGCCAACGAUUACAAUUUUGGCGCACAAUAACCGAACGGCCCCCGGGUCGUCGCUUUUUCUUGCCGACAAAUAAAACUUUUGAAGGCAUUUGUUUAGCUCUUGCGAGGAAAUUUCUUCAAAAGGAGUUGUGAAUUUUUUUGUAUUUAAAGUCAUUCUGUAAAAAAGAUUAUUAAAUUUAGUUUUAAGCUUAUUUAUGAACAAGCCAACUAAAUAAAGUAACACAAGACUUCAGCUUAAUUUGCAUUUGUAAACAAAAAACUUUUUCACCGGUUUUAUCGAUAAAUUCAAGUCAAAAAGACAAAAAGCUUUACCUGUUAAAACUUAAAAACCGAAAAUUCAUCUUCUUCGUGUAUUUCGGGAACAGCUUGCUUGAUUAAUUGCGAAAUUUCGUUGUUUGUUACAGCAGCAAACGGGUAAGGCAUUUUGGUCGCAACUUACGCGAGCUUGGAGUAGCUCGCUCGGACUGGAACCGGAGUUGAAUCGGUGAAUAGUGCAGGAUGUUCACUGAUUUAGUGGCCAAUCAGAGCGCGCGAAAAACACUAUCCACUGUUUUAGUAUAUACUAAAUUUAUUUAUUUUUUAUGUGAGCACAUAUGUAUUACAUUAGAAACAGUAAAACAAAUACACAUUAGUUCAAAAUUAAAGGCUAAAAAUUACAAUCAAGUGGUUAACGAGAAGAACAAGUUUACAAAGUGACUUAACGGCUUAUGACCACAAUAAUGAUCGAAAAGUUGAUUUUUCAAUCAGUCAGUCACACAAACCGGCUUGGAAGAAAAAAUCGGAGUAUUCCCAGAAGAAGUCGAACUGUAACUACUGAGUCCAGAUACUGUAACCAAUAUGCUACUGAAGACUCAAUGGAACCAUACUACUAUGUCUAAUAGGUUCAUCUGACAAACAAUCCUGAAUCCUGUCGGUAUCGUCGGUAUGUGCUUAUUGCGCUAUGAUAGAGAUGUGAUGGUGCGGCGUUUUGAGCCUGUUGAAUACAUGAGAGAAAUGACAAGGCCUGAUUUUUGUCUUUCAAACCGCCUGUGCCACUGAUUGAAAGGUCAUCUUCUCGUGUAGUUGUAUAAGCUCAUUAACUGGUUCAGUUAAUUUUUGCCAGUGCAAUCACGUAUUGAAAUUAAAAACGUUGAUCAUGUUGUCAUCAAUAAUUAUGAAAAGUAUGUUAUCUAACCAUUAAAUGUUUUUAGGGUUACCUCUAUAGGGUACUUCAUGGAUCAGGGCUCCGCGUUUUUUCCUCUCCCGCUCAAUAACUAGUCUUCUUGAGGCACCAUAAAAGCACAAACUCAAAAGAAUGAACUUUCCUGCAUUAAACCUGCUUUAAUACUGCGACAGAAACCAGUCAUUGUUUUCGGUCAGACGUUUUUAUUUCUAGCCGCACUGACUAUUGCAAUAGCUAGCCUACUUUAAGGGUUGCCGGCGUAUCAAAUUCAGAAACUUCAAGGAGUUCAGAACUCUCCUGCACGUCUCGUGUUCGAAGAAAGCAAAUUCUGUCACAUUACACCAGUGCUAAGAGCCCUGCACUGGUUACCCGUCGCGUAUCACAUUUACUGGCCUUCCUGUGCCAUGCCCAGUCAUUAAUCCCGUUUCGGCCAUCUCAGCUGAAAAAAGGACAUUGUUAAUUACUACCCAGUAGCCCAGAACUGAGGCGUUGGGUGUUUCCAUAAAUAAUUUUUCUUUAUUUUUGCAGCUUCUGUUAAAGGUGUUCUAAAUUACUUGAUCAAUUGAAACGGAGUUAUUUUAUUUCAGAUACCUUGCUGUCUCGGUUUUUGAGCCCAUUUUUGCCCGACGGGCUUUCCCCUGCUUUGACGAGCCUGCGAUGAAGGCUACGUUUACAGUGACCAUUAUAAGAGAGGGGCAAUACAACGCUCUUUCUAAUAUGCCUAAAUAUAAAACGGUGAGUACUCACCUACAUGUAUACGUAUCUCAUAGGAAAGAUUAACAGUAAACUUCUUUUAAGGUAAAAUUGAAUAUAUAUUUCUAGCCAGAUUGUUGAUAACGUUAUCGCCCAAUGGACCUUUUGUGUCGAACAGUUUUAUCUCCAAGUAGCUAUUGCCUUUUGACGCUUUUUCACUCAAAUGACUACAAAUUUCAUUGGAUUGGUUUUCAAAAAAUCGUCCAGAUAUAUCUUCUAAAUUUCGGCAUCAUCGUUCUAAAACUCCGUGCCGUAGCCAGACGAAAAUUAAUGGGAAUCAAUGUAUAGCUUUCCGUAGCUGGACUAGGCAAAAUUAAAUUUAUUCCCCUACUCAGUUUUAAUGCCUUUCUGAAUCACCACCACCACUACUAACACCAUCACCACCACCACUUCCACCACCACAACCCCCAUAGAACUCUAAAUGUGGUGGUGGUAAUGUUUUGCAACAAGGUGGUGGAGACAAAAAUAGAAAUGUGGAGAUGGCAGAGGGAUAUCAGCUAAGGAACUCGAAUGUUAAUAAUAAUAAUCCUUAUUUAUCCAUCUUUAAAAAUAACAUAUAUACUUUGGAUUUACAAUAAUAAUAAAGUUAAUUAACAAUUAUUAUUGAUCGAGCCCGAAGGGACUCUGAGUCAAUAGCCCAUGAGGCCGAAGGCCGAACGGGCUAUUGACUCGGAGGCCACGAGGACGAGAGGAAUAAUUGUUUUAGUAAAAUCCAACGUGUUGGUUAAAAAUACCCAGACAAAACAACUUGAGCUAGCAAAACGCGAUUCAGCCGCCACUGUUUUGUUUCCAAAGCCGGCGCUUUUCGCUACUAGUGGGCUAUAACACAUAGCCUAGUUGUAUCUCAACCAAUCAGAAGGCAGCAUCGAUAAUAGACCACUAGUUGGGUUAAAAAUAUACAGAUCAUAAAAGGAGGAGUAAGUCUUGCAGCUCUUGCCAUAAACGAGUUAGUAUGACGUCUUUGCGUUCCUGACUUUGGUAUAAAACUAAACCUGAUUUAGAUCUUAAGUUAUAGCUUGGGCUGUUAUUUGGCUUUGUGAGAAAUAUUUGAUUUUGGCUGGUUAUGCGCAGUUCUUUCUAAUCCACCCUCUGUCGCUACGGUUAUUAAUGAUGGUGCUUCUGCUUGAGGCAAUCGGUAGAACUAAGCAAAGUAAUGGUGGUGGUGGAGUAAAACAAUGGAAAUAUGAUAAAGGGGAUGGUAGCGGUGGCGGUGGAGAGGUUAGAACUGUGAUAUUGGUUCAUGGAAGCCAAUGCAACUAUGUAGUGGUGCUAGUGGUGAGAGGGCAUUAAAAUUGAGGAGGAAGCUAAUCAAACCUCGCUAAUACGGACUCUGAAGUAGACAUAGAAAGUGUCCGUAUUAACGGGUCAUGUUAUUAAAGUAAAAAAAAAAAAAAAAACCACCUUUUAUUAGAGCAAAAUACUAAAGAAAUAAAAGAGGACAUUAGCAUAGUCAAAUUAAACAUCUCGCAAACAUCUCAAUAUCUUCACUAAGCCGUCAUUCCGCGAACUAAAUCCACGGAAUCGACUCACUUGAAACCGUGCGUUCUCUGCAUAACUCGUUUGAUGCCAAAACAGUCUGAAAUUGACGUCUAAAAAUAACCCUAUCGGGUGUACUGUGGCACUAACAGGCCAUGUAUACUACUAAAUACCUUAUUCACCUCGUCCGUUCGGCUAUUACAGAGAAAUCUAAGACUUUGACCGGCCAUGAAACAUUAAGGCCUCAGUCUGAGAUUUCCCUGUAAUGACCUCACUUUCGGUUAAUAAGUGGUAUUUAAUGAAAUCUUGUGAACAAAAAUCCAACAUUUAACAUUGUAACUUAACAACUUGUGUAUUAUCUCUCCAUUCCAGGUUAAAAUUGGAGAAGAUUUAUACGCUGAUCAUUUUAAAGAGUCAGUGAAGA